AUGGACCAAACAAUUCGCGUCGCUGUGGCCGUCUACGUCUUCAACAAACACGGCCAGACCAUUCUCGGCCGACGCAAGGGGAGUCUCGGCGCCGGAACAUGGGGUCAUCCCGGCGGCCACCUCGAAUUCAACGAGAGUUUUGAAGACUGUGCAGCUCGAGAGGUUCUAGAGGAGACAGGCCUCGAAGUAACUGAUAUACGCUUCCUUACGGCGAUCAACAAUGCCAAUAUGGAGGGAGGAAAGCAUUAUGUUACGAUUUUUGUGGGCUGUAGGCUUGUGGAUGAGGAUGCGGAGCCGGUGGUCAUGGAGCCUGAGAAGUGUGUUCGCUGGGAGUGGGUCACUUGGGAUGAAAUGAAGGUGACUAUUGAGAGGCAGCGGGAAGCAGAGCGUCUAGGAAAGAUAGAGGAGUAUGAGGGGAGGGUGUUGUUUAAGCCGAUUUUGAAUCUUUUGCAGCAGAGGGUGGGAUUUAAUCCGUUGGAGAUUUAUCAGUCUGUUGGGCGGUGUUAA